AUGGAUGCCUAUAGUCGACAUCAGAAGCAUAGAUCACUGCCAUCGUUAGGUAAUCUCGAGGAGAUGUUCCAUGCUGUUGCCACACUGUACAAGGAUCCAGUCUUCAUUAUCAUAGAUGCACUGGAUGAAUGCCAAAUGAGCGGCAAUGUUCGUUCCAAGUUCAUCGAAACACUCCUGAGUCUUCAAUCCAGAGGAAUUGAUAUCAACAUCCUGGCCACAUCGCGCCCUGUGCCUGAUAUUGUGGAAGCUUUUGAUGGACACUCCUGUCUGGAGAUAGCAGCCCAAAGAGACGACAUUGAGCGAUACUUGCGCAAUAAGAUGUCUGAAUUGCCCGUUGUCUCAAAGUACCCGGACCUCCAACACGAGAUCAUCAGUUGCAUCGCCAGUGUCGCAGAUGGCAUAUUCCUUCUCGCUCGCUUCUUCUUCGAGUCCCUGAAGGAUAAAGUGAGCGCAAAGCUUAUUCGCAAAACACUUAAUGAGCUUCAGAACAACUCUAAGGAAAAGAAGUCGAAAUAUGCCCUAUUAUGCCGGGCAUAUAACGACGCAGUGGAGAGAAUCAAUGGGUAA